UAUAUUGCAGAAAAAAAAAAUAAAAUAGAAAGAAACAAUAAAACAAUUAAUGCGUAUAUUGACAAACAAAAAUGAAAAACAAUAACUGAGUCACUGUUUUUAAUAAUUAACAAUUGAAGUAAAUUUUAUUUAUACUGAAACUAAGAUAAGGCGACGCGUUCAAAAACCGGGUUUUCAUUGAAGAGUGCAACUAGUAAAUAUAAUGGUUAGCUUGAAUCCCAACAGAUUUAAUAUGAAUUCCAGUGCACAGUACAUGGAUGAUGUAUUGGGCGAAUCUUCUGCAGUUUCCAAUAGUAUGGGCAGUGAUGUCGAACCCAUUUUGUCUUCUGGCGGAAACGGCAGCUUUAAGAAACUAAAUACAGUUGCGGCCUACAGUGUCCAUUUAACAGUUUCUGUUAUAAUCUCAUUUGUGGGUAUAAUGUUAGCUGCCUUGUGGCCCGAAGAAAAACAAGGUGAAGCUUACUUCAUAAUGACAUGUUUACGAGUGGCAUUUUGGCUUCUCACAUUUUUGUUUGAUCACUUGAUACGCGGAAGACACAAUGAAUUAAGAAUGAACGGUUAUCAUGAUUUUCAUCGUAGUAUUGUUCGACUAAAUGGUGUAUCUUUAAAUAUUGUAUCGGCCUGGAAUACAAUACUGUUAAUGGUGCAGGCACUAUUACAUCAUUUCUAUGGAAUACAAGAAUGGGAUACUUGGUUUACACCUGUUACGUGUAUAGCAAUGUUCCAAAUAUCUGAAACACUGGUACUAGUAACGACACAUAGUACUUAUAUUGUUAAAGUUUAUAAAUUUAAUAAAAACUCCAGUUGUCCAGAUGCUUUGGCCGGCACAAAUAUGGUUGCCGGUUCGUUGGGACUUAUGCAACCAGGCGGUAAUGUAGCUGAACUAUUAGAGAAACAGGCCGAUCUUAUUUCUUACCUUAAAGAUCACAACCAAAAGUUGAAUCAAAAAUUGCAUCACAUGCAAUUAACAGCAAGAACUACACACUGAAUAGAUUAUAAUGAAACACACGACGAAUGAAGAUAUGAACUAAAUUAUAGAUUUACAAUUGUUACCACAUUUAUUAUUAUAAUUAAUUAAUCCACAUUGAUAAUAUACUUUUUUUCUUUAAUUUUA